AUGGCGGUCCUGGGGGCGGCGUGGAAGGCGAAACGAUCAUCAUUCUCGGCGGCUGCCGAACAGGUCUACACUUCUUGUGGGCUACAUGUUAAGACAAUCGUCCAAUUGAUCGCGUCGCUCUACAUUCUCUUCAUGUUUCUCUUCCCAUUCCAAUUCUUCGAUGUUCGUCUCCGUCAACGUCUAGGUCUCGAUCCAUCUGCCGCCGCCAAAUUCAUCCUUGACUUUGGUUUGCUAUUUUCGGAGGCGUUCUGUGCUGGGCUGGUUUUUGUGGCGUUCCGGUGUUCUUCAAAACGCCUUCUGUUGCCCUUCCUCUAUGCUCAAUACAUUGCGAUGGCAUUCUCAGUGGCAAUGGCGGUGAUCUUCAUCUUUGAUGUCGACAUGUGGAUGGGGGAAUUCAGGGCACAGAUUGAGGAUUACGGCUACCACAAGACUCGGACAUUGGUGUGUUUGGGGGCGGGUCUCGGCUGCAUUCUCCAUAUCGUGUUCCGCUUUUGGGUGGCUGGGCUUGUGAAGAGGUGCUACCAAUAUCUUGCGGAUAUGGACAAGGCGAGCAAAGUGGAGAAUCUGCCUCGAUUC